UUUAGUGUCUAGCGUUGAAGACAUGGCAAGUGAAAUUCUCAGCACAACCGAUUGUGAAACAAUUGUAAAAAACUAUCUAAACCGAAAUGAUUUUGAAGUGAUGUGGUACAACCUUAAACCGUUUUUUAGUGAAGUGAACGGAUUUCUCGGUGAGCAUUUAUUACUGCUAAUCGACGUCAAAAUAAAAGAAAGAACCACCACUUUACGUUUCUUCACCAAAAGGUUCCCGUUCGAGCACCCAAUGCAAAGCCAAUAUCUAAACUCCAUGCAAGGAUGGCAAAGAGAAAUAUAUUUCUUCGAAACGUUCCUUCCAAAUCUCGAAAGGACCCUGCCAGGUUACAGUUUGGACUUUGUACCGCGCUAUUUGCUAGGUAAACCUAACGAUAUUAUCGUUUUUGAAGAUCUGACUUUGAGGAACUUUGACUUGCCGAGAAAGCCCAGUUUAAAUCUUCUAGACAAUCAACACAUCUGCCUGGCCAUCAAAGCUUUGGCCAAGUAUCACGCUGGAAGUUUAGCCUACGAAGAAUAUAAAUCCCGCGAAUUGGGCAAACCGUAUCGAUUAUAUUCCGGUGAAGAGGAACUUAUUAAAGAACCAUUAAUCCGAAAAGAAGAAGGAUUUCUAGGCUAUGAUUGGUUUAAAGCCGGUGUUAGUGGCUUGCGAGCAUUAAUUAAUCGAGUGUAUAAAGGCGAAAAACCUUUAGAAGAAGUCAAUGCUAAAUUUGAAAUACUGGUGGAAAAAGCAUUGCAGUUAAUGUUUCCUCAUAGUAAUUUCAGAAAUGUGCUGGCUCACGGCGAUCUGUGGGCCAAAAAUAUCAUGUACCAAUACGAAGGAGACAGUUCUGAACCAAUCAACGUCCUGUUAGUCGAUUUCCAGCUUCAAAGGUACAAUGUUCCAAUCCACGACGUGCUCCUAUUUAUAUCCCUAACAACAAACAGAGAAACCAAACAGAAAUAUUUCACGUUUUACCUCAAUUACUAUUAUAAAGAGAUCUGCAACCAGUUACAAUCACUGAACGUAUCGCCCGAAGAAGUUUCCAUGGCUUACGAUGAAUUUCUAGGAUCAGUUACUUUUAUUAUGCCCGAAAUUAAAAUUCAAGGGGCCCUACAAAGACUUCAACAGUGCGGUAAUAAAGAUUUUUAUACAAAACUACUUGGUAAUAAAGAAGAGUUCAUUAAAUUUGUCUUUGGAGAUAAAACUCCUUUUGCCUUGGAGUUAUUUGACACCGAUGAUAAUUUUAGAGGACUAUUAACUGAAGCCGUGGAGGAAGUAAUUGAAAGCUGUUUAUAUCCAGAGAUUUUUCGGGAAGACUGUUACAGGAUAUUAGAAGACACUUUAGGAAAGAGCGCAUACGAACUAAAACAGUACAAAACUGAAACAAUUGACGAGAAAGAAUUUCUGUUUAAGUUAGAAAUUACAGUGGUUAUUGAAAAGAACGAAAAAGAAUUCAAGUUUUUAGUGCAAAAUAAGCCGCUUGGUUUUGCUAAGGUAAUUAAAAAGUUGUAAACAUUGAAUAUUUUGUGUGAGCUAAAUUAAUAAGGAAUAAAUCCAUAUAAAAGCUCAAAGA